AUGCCCAAGAACCAUCUGACAACUCUUAAGAAGAGGCCAGGAGGUUUCCCUACUUCCCAAAAAGUCCGCCGGACUUGUUCCUCUCUUGAGAACCUGGGCCGCUUCUUUCGGAUUGGCUUAUGUACCGCUGAAGCGCUUCUGCUCCCGGCCGAGAUGAUGUCGACAGCCGCCGCCGACAGGCCCAAGCCCGCGACGGCUAAAUGGGGAGCCGCCUGCUCUCAGUGUGCAACCGCAAAGGCGAAAUGCAUCCGCUCAAACAGUGCUCCCGGAGCCAAGUGCGACAGAUGCGAGAGAUUGGUCAAAGUUUGCACGGAGCAGGUUCAUCGACCUCGAAAGAAGAGACAGCCAAAGCCUUCACGAACGGCUCAAAUUGAGGAGCGGCUGAAUGGGCUGGUCAAUCUGCUCAAAGCAUCAGGGGGUCUGACGAAUGCGGAUCUGGCGACAGAUACAACAUGCAUCCCAACUGAAGCAGAUCCCGCCGUUUCCAACCAACAGAAGCCAUCAUCAAAAUCUUCGGACGCUUCAUUUGCACCGGGAUCUAGCCCAUGGGCUAUUCCCGAUACCUACAACUCAUAUGCCCCGCCCCAAUGCAUCUGUAGGCCUGCAUCUGGGGAUGCCCCUCCUCCACCUGCUUCGGACGAGGUACUCUUAAACAUAUACAGAAAUGAGCUCCUGGCGCUCCAUCCCUUUGUCGUGAUUCCACGAAAUGUCACGGCAGCGAGACUCAAGGCCACGCGGCCAUUCCUCAUGUCAGCCAUCAGGAUGGUCACGUCCUUCCGAAGUCUAAGAUCGAUGAGGGCACAGAUGUACUAUCUCAUGCGGCACAUAGCAGACCACAUGCUCAUCCGCUCCGAGAGAUCUCUCGAUUUGCUAAUGGGAAUCAUUGUUAUAGCAGCUUGGUAUCAGUACCACUGCUUCAUGCACGCUCAGUUGAACAACCUAAUCGCCAUGGCUGUAACGCUUGUUGGUGAACUGGGCCUGCACCGUAGUCCAACUGUACUCGAACGGACGAACCUGAUGGUUGUAAAGCCCUUCCAACCCGAGAGACGAACGAAUGAAGAAAGGAGGGCCCUCCUAGGUGUCUGGUUCUUGUCAUCAGCUAUGUCACUCGGAUUCUCUCGAAUAGAGUCGAUGCGAUAUACAAAGUAUAUUCAAGAAUGUCUAGGGGUCUUGGAGCGAGAGAAAGAGUACCCCACAGACACCCGUCUCGUCUAUCUUGUCCGCAUUCAACAUCUGACGGAGCGAAUUUCCCAACUCAACUCUCCCGACGACCCUGCAGAAGAGGUUGCAGGCCUACCAACAGCACCGCUAUCCGCAUAUGUCUCUGCGUUUCAAGGGGAACUUGACCGUAUACGAAACGGACUGCCCCCAGAGCUGAAAGAUGACCGAAUCAUAUGUACUUUCAUCAAUACUGCUGCCCUCAGACUCUAUGAGCCCCCAGUAUUAGAUGCCCCUCGCAUCAUAUCCAUGUCCGAGUCCCUCACUUCUCCCACUUUGGGGGCCGCUUCAGCCCUUGACAUAUUCUACCAAUCCAGGAAUGCGCUAAAGCAGUGGUUUGACAACUGGCUCGCGAUCCCCAUUUCCGAGUACUACUGCCAGACAACGCCAGUGGCUGCUCAGAUCGUGUACGCCCUGACGGUUCUCGGCAGAUGGGCUAAGUUCACAGUGCCCAUCACGCUGACCGGUCCUAAGACUCCAAUGCCGCACGACACAAGUGCGGACAACCCGAACGUGGAACAGUUCAAAGCGGACUCCGAGUACUCAGCGAGUCUAAGCUCGAGAAAGGCUACGCCCGCAGGUUCCACGCCUGGUCAUGAGAACGACCCAACGGAGUGCAGCCAGAUUGUUCUUCGGGAAGGAACGGAUCCAAGACUACCCGCUGCUGUGGCCUCUCUUCGGUCGCAGAUUCAGACUCAACCCGGUCUUUCGUUGGAUGUGUCAGGCAUUCUCACAGGUGUCUGUUCCCGAUUCGAGGAGGCAAAUGCGACGUUUCAGGUCGCGUCGACUGAGCCUGGUGCUUCGGAUCACAACCUAUGGAGCAUGAGCGCAAUUAAAAUUCGCAUCACUAGGGCUAAACUAGAACGUUGGGCAGAAAUCGUGGCUGCUGGGACUGAAGCGCUUAAGAUACAAGACGAGGAGAGCCGAGACACGGACAUGGAGGACAACAGCACCAGUGAGACCGGAAGGGAGCCAGCUGAUGCAAGCGAGGCGUUCAUGAGUGGCGAUAUGCAAGCCGAUCCCCUCCAAAUGCAAAAUUGGAAUGGCGGAACGCCGUGGACAACGGAAAUGUUGCAGGGUGUUGACCCUUCGGUGUGGUUCGACGGGUAUCUUGACUGGGGGGCGGUUAUUAUGAACUCGAUGGGAAACUUGGAGCAAUAG